AUGGCGGAGGGGCCCCGGGGCGCCCCGUCGCCGGGCUCGCCCCGCCCCGCCGCGCCGCUGCCCAACGGGCCCCGCGGCGGCGGCGGCGGCGGCGGCGGCAGCCCCGGCUCGGGCUCAGGCAGCAGCAGCCGCGAGGACUCGGCGGAGCGGAGCCCCGCGCCCGCCGCGCCCCGGGCCAGCAUCAUGAAGGAUGGCUCUCGGCAGCGGCCGCCACAGAAGAAGAAGACAGUGUCCUUCAGCUCCAUGCCCAAUGACCGCAAGAUCAACAGCACAGCUGCCUGCAUCUCCCUCAUGCUGGAGGGCUGUGAGCUGAAGAAGGUGCGCUCCAACUCCCGCAUGUACAGUCGCUUCUUCGUGCUGGACGCCGACAUGCGCUCUGUGCGCUGGGAGCCCUCCAAGAAGGACUCGGAGAAGGCCAAGAUUGAGAUCAAAUCAGUCAAAGAGGUGCGUGUGGGCAAGAAGACACCUGUCCUGCGCAGCAAUGGCCUCUCCGACCAGUUCCCGGACGAGUGCGCCUUCUCCAUCAUCUAUGGAGAUAACUACGAGUCCCUGGACCUGGUGGCCAGCUCAGCAGAUGUGGUGAGUGCCUGGGUGAUGGGGCUGCGCUAUCUGGUGUCCUAUGGGAAGCACAGCCCUGAAGCGCCUGGGACUGGCCACCCCAGCCUCCGGACGUCCUGGAUUUCCUCUGUCUUCGACCUGGCUGACCUGGAGAAGUCCGGCCGCAUCCCUGUGUCCCGGGCUGUGCAGCUGAUCAAAGCACUCAACCCUGGCAUGAAGACCUCCACCAUCGAGCUGAAGUUCAAGGAGCUGCAGAAGGCCAGUGAGCGUCCUGGCACGGAGGUGGCCUGCGACCUCUUCGUGGAGGCAUACUGCGAGCUCUGCACCCGCCCUGAGAUCUUUUUCCUGCUGGUCCAGUUCUCCAGCAACAAGGAAUACCUGGGCGUGAAGGACCUGCUGAUGUUCCUGGAGGUGGAGCAGGGCAUGGAGGGGGUGACAGAGGAGAAGUGCUUGGAGAUCGUCAGCAAGUACGAACCCUCUAAAGAGGGCCGGGAGAAGGGCUACCUGGCCAUCGACGGCUUCACGCGUUACCUGCUCUCUGCUGACUGCUCCAUCUUUGACCCGCAGCACCGCAAGGUCUGCCAGGACAUGGCGCAGCCCCUCUCCCACUACUACAUUAGCUCUGCCCACAGCGCCUGCCUGCUGGAGGACAACUUCUGGGGCCGCUCAGACAUCACUGGCUACAUCAGUGCCCUGGGCCUGGGCUGCCGCAGCAUCGAGCUGGUGCUGUGGGAUGGCCCUGAGGGUGAGCCCGUGGUCUACACCAGCCCCUCGGCUGCCUCCUGUGUGCCCUUCCGUGCCGUGGUGGGGCUGAUUGACCAGCAUGCCUUCACUGCCUCCGCCUACCCCCUCAUCCUCUGCCUGGUGGUGCGCUGCUCGGCCCCCCAGCAGCGGCUCGCUGCCCAGUGCCUGCGCAAGACGCUGGGGGAGAAGCUGUACCUGGAGCCCCCCAACCCCAUGGCGUCCUACCUGCCCUCCCCAGAGGAGCUCAAGGGCCGCAUCCUCAUCAAGGGCAAGAAGCUGCCACCCACCUGCGAGGACAGUGAGGGGGAGGUGUCGGACGAGGAGGAAGGCUGGGAGCUGGCGCGGCGACUGGGCCAGGAGGACCGGGAGGCACCAGAGGGAGGAGGACUGCGGCGGGUGCGCCUUAGCCGUGAGCUCUCGGAGCUGGUGAGCCUCUGCCAGGCAGUGCCCUUCCAGGACUUUGAGAGCUCGAGACGUGGGCAACGCUACUGGGAGAUGUGCUCCUUCAGCGAGGUGGAGGCGGGACGCUUCGCCAAUGAGUGUCCGGCUGAGCUGGUCAGCUACAACAAGCGGUUCCUCUCCCGCAUCUACCCCAGCCCCAUGCGCAUUGACGCCAGCAACAUGAACCCCCAGGAUUUCUGGAAGUGCGGCUGCCAGAUGGUGGCUAUGAACUACCAGACACCGGGGCUCAUGAUGGACCUGAAUGCGGGCUGGUUCCGGCAGAAUGGGGCCUGUGGCUACGUCCUCCGCCCGGCCAUCAUGCGGGAGGAGGUCUCCUACUUCAGUGCCAAUGCCAAGGACUCCCUGCCCGGGGUGCCUGCCCAGCUCCUACACCUCAAGGUCAUCAGCGGGCAGAACCUGCCCAAGCCCAAGGGCUCGGGGGCCAAGGGGGAGGUUGUGGAGCCCUAUGUCUGCGCUGAAAUCCAUGGCAUCCCGGCCGACUGCGCCGAGCACCGCACCAAGACAGCCCUGCAGAGUGGGGACAACCCCAUCUUCGACGAGAGCCUGGAGUUCCAGAUCAACCUGCCGGAGCUGGCCGUCCUGCGCUUUGUUGUGCUGGAUGAUGACUACAUUGGGGACGAGUUCAUUGCCCAGUACACCAUCCCCUUUGAGUGCCUGCAGCCUGGCUACCGCCAUGUUCCCCUCCAGUCGCUGGCUGGGGAGCCCCUGCCCCACGCCACCCUCUUUGUGCAUGUGGCCAUCACUGACCGCCGUGGCGGGGGCAAGGGGCACCGCCGGGGGCUGGCAGGGCGCCGGGGCCGCCGAGUGCGGGAGUACACUUCCACCAAGGCCACUGGCAUCAAAGCCAUCGAUGAAGUCUUCCGGACGGCCACCCAGCCGCUGCGGGAGGCCACUGACUUGCGGGAGAAUGUACAGAAUGCGUUAGUCUCCUUCAAGGAGCUGUGUGGGCUGACACCCGCUGCCAAUAUGAAGCAAUGCAUCCUGACGGUGUCCACAUGGCUGCUGCACAGUGACAGUGCACCCAGCGUCACCCUCAACCUGGCAGAGCAGUACCCCCCCAUGGAGGCCCAGGGCCCCAUCCCCGACCUGCUGCGCAAGGUCCUCACUGCCUACGAGACGAUGAUCCAGACUAGCCGGACGCUGAUAGAGUCUGCCGACGCGGUGUACGGGAAGCUCAUCCAGGCACAGCAGGCAGGGAUGGAUUUCCACAAGGAGCUGCACCGCAUCGAGACCAAGGAGGGGCUGAGAGGCCACAAGCUGCAGAAGGCGCUGGAGAGCUUUGCCUGGAACAUCACUGUCCUCAAGGGCCAGGCUGACCUCCUCAAGCAUGCCAAGGCGGAGGCGCUGGACAAUCUGUGGCAGAUCCACAAUGCGGGACAGUCCUGCGGCAUCGGCAGGAAUGGAUCAGCCUCUCUGGAGCCCUCUCGGCUGCAAGCCCCACUGGAGCCAAUCCCUGAGACAGAUGGAGGCAGCGACACAGCGUCCUGCUGACCCCGGUCUGGG